AUGGACUCCAGAGACAUAGUAGAUAACCCCAAGCCAACUGCUCCUGUUAAUCGUGAUGCUUUGCUCGUUCUCCUCCCCCUCCUUAUCAUACUCUCCUCUCUCCUCUUUCUCCUAUUACUCUUCUUAGUUUGCGUCAUAUUUUUACGGCGGCGUCGAGGCAUCUCUCUCGGUGAUAAUGAUGGCCCAAUUGACAUGAAUAGGGAGGAGCUCAUUGACGGCGAAGGUGGCUUCGAAGGUGUCGAAGAACGAUGGUUGGAGACCGUCGACGACGAAACACAGAGAGCUUACCGUCGGGCCAAAGAUUAUCAGACACAAUAUCCUCCAAAUUCACUUCCAACGGAUAUCACUCUAUCGCAAUUUUUGUCUAUUCAGGAGAAGGGUGUUUCUGCGUGGUCAUUUGAACCGGACUACGAAUCGAACGCAUCAAUUCUUGUGCACUCACGUACGGAACUCACGUUUUUGCCGGAUCCAUUUUCUUCGUCUUGUGUGCAAUCGAAUUUACCGCUGCCAAAACUUAAUGAGGUGUACUACUGGGAAGUCAAGUUGUUUGAUCUGCCAGAGACGACCUCAGUCGCCAUUGGACUCGCUACAAAACCGUAUCCCGUAUUCCGACUUCCUGGAUAUAACCGUUUCUCGGUUGCAUACCACUCAAAUGGUGACAAAUCUCAUAAUUAUCCGUUUACUGCUCAGUCCUAUGGUAGUCCCCUCAAAGAAGGUGACGUGCUUGGCGUCGGAUAUCGACCGCGCACAGGUACUGUCUUUUUCACUCGAAACGGCCGGAAAAUGGACGACGCGUAUAUCGGCUUGACACGUUGGAAUCUGUUUCCCACUGUGGGAGCGGAUGGACCAUGCAGCUUGCACGUGAACCUCGGACAAUCUGGCUUUGUCUUCAUUGAAGCAAAUGUCAAGAAAUGGGGACUAGCUCCUAGUGUCGGUACGCUGGCUCCUCCGCCCGCAUACGGAAGCGAGCGAGGAAGUAUCCUUUUGGAAGCAGGAGGCGGAAUUAGGCCCGUGGAUGACAGUGCAGCGUCUCCUGCACCAAAUAUGGCCUCUCCAUCUUCCUCGAGGCGAGGUCACCGCUCUCGAAGACCAAGACCUUCAUCUCUUCCUCAGUCGUCGCCACUCCGAAACAGUUCACUACCUGUGCAAGCACCUCAGACCCCUCCACCACCGAUUACGCCCAUCGAGGAAGAGGGGCCUGGAGGAGGCCCAUCCUCUGGUCGGUACAUUUCUCCUACAGAUACGCCUUUCCACACUCCUGCUUCUACAAAUCUACCAGCUUCGCCUCCAGGUCAAAGCGACGCAGAUGAUUCUGAGCAAUCGUCAGCGACCGCCUCUCCUUCCCGUUCGCGGUCGAUGUCUCCAGUCUCGCGGUUUACCGUGCGGUCUCCAGGACACAGCCGCAACGCUUCCGCUGCUGAAAUGGUAAUGCGUUUGCAACCUCCCCCAGAAUCACCUAUGAAUUUCCCCGAGCCGUCUUCGCCUAGUGGGGCAGCGGAUAUUCAUCUCAGAGCAUUGACUCCUAUGUCUUCACAGACAGGUGCAGGCGGACAGACGAGAGCUGGCCCGGACGACGGUACGGCGCGCCCACCGCCGGCGUAUUCCCCGUUGGAUGCGCUCCGAUACCCGGAGGGUGUCGAGGUUGAUCUUCCCGCUGAGGUCAUCGCUGCGGCGCUGAAUCGCGAGAGCAUUCCGGAAAGUGCGGUUGGUAUGGGACAGGGCGACCGACACAGAAGCAGAAGAGAAAGACGGAGAUGA